GCUGGAGCAGCUGUCGCCGGGCUGCCGAACGCUGACACUGCUUGACCAGCUCCGGUCGUAGUUCCAAAUGGUGAACCAAACAUGCCGCCAGCUUCCAUGUGUGGGGAGAGGAGAUAAGCAAAACAAACAAAUGGGUCAAAAAUUAGUAUUCAGCUUCCGCCGUGCGAUCUUAUCACUGAUAACAGUGCCCGAAACUCUAAGCUAGCAAUAGUUUGCUUCUAACACUGAACGCAAGAGGUCGAACCAAAUGGCUAUUGUUCUUAUUUUGUUUCUCUUGGUGAUAGCCUCCGCGUCGUAUGUGGCAUUCAUUAUACGCAAGAAAGGCAUCGAUCCAAAGGACAUACGCAUAAACAGCCUGCAGGAUGCCAAGAAACUACUCCAGUUACCCCCAAAUGGAGCAGGGCCCCACAGAUACUUGCAAAAAAGAGCUUAAAAGUCGAUGGGUUUGUUUUUAUUGGAACUCACUUUUGGCCGGCGUGCUCGUUGCUCCCAGCGGUGUACUCGAUCCAAAGAAGGACAUGAUGUGACAAACGUAUGAAUAAAACGCUGCCGACUAAUUGAGUUUGCCUUCUCUGGACUGCUUUUUAUAAUACUCGUUCUUGAAUUUAACAAACUAAAAGUAUACCUAAAUCCUAAUAAUCGUAAAAAUUUGGCGCUUUCCGCAAUCUUGUGUUUUUUUUGGCGAUGGAACAAAAA